AUCUGGAAAUACGUCAUGUAGGGACGAAAGUUAAAGCUUGUUUGCAUGAUGUAAAAUUUAACAUAUAACCAAUAUUUCGUUGGAGCUAAAUGAUAUGACAUACACUUUCUAUUUUUGAUAUUAGCAGUACAUUUAUAUAUAACGAUUGUGAAUAUGAAUUCAAAUUUGGAUGUAAAAGAAUGCGAGCGCUAGGGAAAAAUGUGUUUGAUUACUAUUGACUUUUUCAAACAGAAUAGUUUGCAAAAACGAUAUCUUCAUUAAAAUAGAACACCAUCGUUGUUCAAAGAUAUUUCAGAAAACUUUGGAUUGUUUUGUCCCCCAGUGUCGAUGAUCAAAACAAUAUAUUUUUUUCCUGGUUUGAUCAUCAGGGUGAUUAAGUAUGAAAUUCUUUGAAAAGAUAAAAUCGAGAUGCACGGCAAAAUACAAAAGAAUCAUACUUAUAUGCUUAAUUCCAAUGUAUUACAUUGUUUCGACGACUAUAUUUUACGUAACAACAGAUUUGACCAGUUCUAAUGACGUGAAUCACCUUAAGGAAUUAAGUCUACCUGUUCAAGAGAUGGGAAAGAGGACAUUUCAAACAAAAUUGAAAAGUUUUAAUAUAUAUAAUGUGUCGUUUCAUUCAAAAAUGCAUGAUAGGAAAUUUGUUGACGCAGUUUUGUUUCAACAUUAUGGAAAUAACCAAAGUGCAAAAAGACUCAUGAUAUCAUGGCUCAACAAACCAACAUGGCUUAAUAUGAAACACGUGAAUGAUUAUAUAGCAGAAAAAUGUCCUUAUCGGAAUUGCAUAAUGACUGAAAGUCAGCACUAUUUGGAAAGAAACGAUGCACUUAUAUUCAAUGCAAUGGAAAGUCUGCACAACUUAUCUCGAUUAUUGUUUUAUCAACGUCCUUCAAAACAAGUGUGGGUUUUUUUCCAGAUGGAACCCCCUACAAGAAUAAAUAUAGAGCAGUUUAAAAACAAAUUAUUUCACAGUUCCAUGAAUUGGUCCUGGAGUUACAAUCUGAACUCUGAUAUAUUCCGACCUAUAAGAACUUUAGCUACGCAAAACACUUUUAUCAAGCGUGACUAUGCAGCAAUAUUUAAAAGAAAGAAGAAAAUGGCAGCAUGGGUUGUUAGCCAUUGUCACACACAAAGCCUACGGGAAAAGUUUGUGUCUAAGCUUAUAAAAGCAGGCAUCAAUGUCGAUAUAUUUGGUAGCUGUUCAAAACGUGGGCAACGUGAGGAUUCAAAUUAUAUUUGGAAGAAAAUAAGUGAUGAAUACAAAUUUUACCUUUCGUUUGAGAACAGUCUCUGUGAAGACUAUAUAACUGAGAAGUUUUUUUCUUAUUACGGACUUGACGUAGUUUUAAUUGUAAGAGGUGGUCUAAACUAUUCUAAGUAUUUUGAUAAAUCGACUUUUAUUGAUACAACAGACUUUACUUCAGUUAAACAGCUAGCGAACUAUAUGUUAUCACUUAACAACAGCGAAAAUGCUUACACAAAUUACUUAAGAAAUAAAGAACGGUAUGUACCAGCUUUAACUCAGGAACAGACUGUUCAACAAUCCGCUUGUCAGCUAUGUGCAAAACUUAAUAAUGCAGAAAAGUUUCACAACAUCUAUUACAGCAUUGAAAGUUAUGUCAAUAAUAACACUUGUUUUGAACCAACUGAUUACCACUAAACUGUAGACAUAGAGGCUUUUAUUGAUGUUAUGCUUAAAUUUCCUUGUGAUGUGGUACAAUAUACAUAAACAAAAUUUUACACAAUCAUAUAAAAUUGACAAAUUAUAAUCCGUCCCACAUUUCCGUUAAAAGCAAUUCCUGUAUUUACCAUAAUGUACAUAAGAUAUUAUAAGUUAAGUUAAUGAUAUAUUUUUACAGGGGCAAGAGAGAAACUUAGGAGUGCAUGUAUAAAAUUAAUCAUUACUAGUAUCAUCCGUUUAAAUUACAAAACUUAAAAGAAAUCAGAAAUCAUGAAUAUUAAUUAUCCCUUCUACACGUCGAUUUUCUACCCGACUCUCCACUUAUACGCUAAUUUGACGUUACGUCAAACGUUAUUGCAAGUCAUAUAAGAGUAUAUAUUAGUAUGGGUAUCAACGUAGUAUCAUUUCAAAUACAUUUAUACUUAAAUUAUGCGGGCGAGCUUAAUAUUCCAUUAUUGAACGAGUUCAAUAUAUUCAGUGCUGAAUCUGCACGAAAUCAAUAUUCUAUUUCACAUAUUCAGAAAUAAUAUCACACCAUAAAGUUAACGAGGAAGAGAGCUAAAAUAAUUUCGCCUAUUAAAAAUAGUUCCAUGAUCAGCGUAAUCAAUAAUAAAUAUAUAAAAAUAUCCUAUAUAUUUAGGCUGUUUGAAUCAUUGACAAUCUACUAGUAUUCGAUCAUAUCCUUGCAAAUACAGCGGUGUAAUAUCAGGUCCGUGCAUAGCACAAGGUGAACGUUUAUGUGAUAAUAGUAUUUUCUUAGAUUAAGGAGGUGGUACUUGUACGAGUACGCGUUCUUGUAGGAUUCUAUUCUGUAUUUCAAUAAGCGUCCAUGUGCCAAAGUUUUGAACAUUACACUUUACACACACUAGCUGUACAAGUUCAUUUAAUAUUUGUAUGCAAGCUGUUGUUAAGGGGUGUUGUACAUUUCAUUAGACUCAGUCAAAACAAGUUUGCUGUUAUUGCCUUGGUUGUGUUCUCUUUUUCCAAAGAAUUUUAUUUAAUUAAAAAUUAACAUGCUGGAAAUUCUAUAACACAGAUUCAUUUAUAAGAACGAGAUAGAAACACUUGCCUUAAAUGUAUUAAAAAUUAAUGAUAAAAUACCCGUUUUUUGUUAUGUUAAUGAACAUGUUGAAUAAAUUCAGUAAGGAAAUACACCCAUGUUAGAUCCUCUAUGUAUUUCACCAACAUCCGUAAAAUUCAAGUAUUAAGACUGUCGACAUUUUCCUUUCAGAUAAUUUUCACUCAAAUGGGGAUUUAUCAAAAUUAUGUAAAUCUGUAUUAUGUUGAAAGAAUAUACUGAAUAUAAAAUUGACGCCGUUUCAUUGAAAUCAAUGAUAAAUAGAAUGAAAAAAAUGAUUGCUUCGAUGAAUUCUUAAAAGUUUGUAAAUUUAAGCAGUGUAGUUUAUAAAACUUAUAGAGUAUAUGUUUUAUUUAAGAUGGUUUUAAAUGCACGAAAACCUAUGCAUAAACAUGUUUCGUUAACAUCGCUGUUAGCUAGCAAACUACGGGGAACCCACGCAUAUAUUUUAUAAUUAAUGUUGAUCUGAAAGCGACACAUGGGAAGUAUAGUACAUUAUUACGUAAAACAUAUUUCAGUUUUGACUAAGUUACUUUCAAAAUGUUGAAUUAAAUUUUACUCCUCCAAAAUAGUUCUUACCGCCUUAUCAUUUACGAACCUGUAGGAUUCAUCUACCUAUCGGAUAAGACACUUUACUUUUUUCUUAUUAAUAUUCAAUAAAGAAAUUGUCAAUAUAGCUUUGAUAUCUCCA